AUGAUUCCGGCCAGUGAGUUCGAACUGAUUGGUCCCUCCCUACGAGAAUUUGAAUGAUUCAGAUGUUCAGCUGAACCGUGAAUCGCCGUGGGCGUCAGUUCGGGAGAAACCUGCUCUGCCGAAGGAAAUUGCAUUGUUCGAACGGCCAGGAUGGAGAAUGUUGCAGAAGGAGACUCCGGUUUACGAUCUCUCGGUAUUUAUGAAUGAAAUCAGGAUGGUAUUCAGGCAGGUACUCAGAAUAUCGCCACUUCCGGCACAAGCAAGCGUCCAAGUUGAUUUCAGUUCAAAACGCCGUCGGAUCUUUCGUACGAACAGGGAAACACACUUUCCCGUUUGGAAUGGGCCCUACGCCAUCAUCGGAAGAAAUGGAAUGAUCGACCGAUGACGGUCAGAAGUCUAAACGGAAUAGGUGAUUUGGUGGGCAUCUUGUUGGGAUGGAUGAAAGGUUCGGCGGAAUGGGUGAUGCACGCGGAAGGCUUCCGGAAGCUCCCCGUAAAGGAAAAGUUUGGAGUGCUUCUGGGCACGUGGCAAGUCUGGACUCAUCUGGAGAGACUGCAGUUGAGCAUUGAAGUGCUCGGAGAAAGAGCAAUCACAGAGAGAGUAAGCCAAUUUCAUGUAGUUCCGAAGAAAGAUUGCAUAUUUCCAGUUAUUAAUUGGGAGGGGGGAGGAGGCGAUUGACAUGCGGCUUCUGGAAUUGGACAUUUCCCCGAUUUCGAAGUGUUCUCUCGAACAGUUACUACCGAUCUUCACUCCGUUUUUCGAUAGAAUAUUCGACGACGUCGGCAAGCAGUUAUUGGAGUUGCGGCCGUCUUCCCUCGAGGUCACUUUCAUGCUCUGUUAUGUCGGAUGGACGAUCACAGGUAAGACGGUACCCUUGCGAUCUUCUUCCCAAUUCGAAUGAUCUUCAGAAAAACUUCAGCGAGUGAAAGACAAGUCGGCGACGGAUUUGUUCAUCAACUCGAUAACCGACGAGCUGCACGAGCAUUACACCGAGCGCCACGGGACGAGCAAUUACGCGGCACGCCUCAUCAGAAUGACGAAUAUCGUGAACAAGCUGGAAGUCAUCUUCCGAGAUCGACGGAAACUUCUCGAGAUUGCAAAGCUCUUCGACGUUUUCAAGACAAACAUCAGUGAACCGUGUAUAUUUGAAUGA